AUGUCUGUCAUAGCAGUGUUACCAGAAUUUCAUGAAUUUAGCGGAAUGGAAACAAGAGAGGCACCACCUGCACAUUUGUUGGUCAAGAUUGAAUCAUUCUCCUUAUUUGAAAAGUAUCAAAUUGAGAAAUACGAAACUAAGGAAUUUGCGGCUGGAAAAUAUAAGUGGAAACUAAUAAUCUAUCCUAAUGGAGACGGCAAUAUCGGAAAAGAUAGCGGCUAUGUUUCUGUAUAUUUGGCUAUGGUAGACACAUGUUCUCAACCUGUGGAGGUCAAUGCUGUCUUCAGUAUCUUUCUCUUUAAUCAUAUUUCCGGCAAAUAUCUUUCUUCACUAGGAAGAACAAGACGUUUCCUAGGAACGAAGUCCAAAUGGGGAUUUUCAAAAUUUAUAUCAAAGGAAAGUCUGACAGACCCAUCAAAUGGAUAUGUAGUUGGUGACAAGUCAUGUGUGUUUGGUGCUGAGGUUUUUGUGGCUAAAAAAGAAGCAAUCACUCAAUUCGUGUCUUCAAGAAAUGUUGACGUUCCUUACAAACGUGAUUGGAUUAUUCCAAACUACUCCAAACUCGGAUUGUUUUGGGUAUCGGAGGAAUUCGGUGCUGGAGGCGAAAAAUG